UAUUAUUUUUUCUGAGAAGAGACACAACGACAUGAAGCUUUAUUUAAUUUUGUUGUCGUUGAUAUUAAUUUUUUCACUUUCACAUUGUGAUCGCUGCGUAUUUGGUAGGGGAAACACAGAGAUGUCCGUAACCUGUGAUUUAGUGGGCUCUAAACCAGUUCAUGUAAUCAAAGACAAAAGUGUUAGCUGUGGACCAACGGAAACACUGACCGAGAACAUCAAUUCCAUUUCUGUUCGGAACUGCGAUUUCGACGAAAUUAGUUUGUUUGAAAAUCUCACAACGCUACUCCUUAGACGUUCCCACGACAUGCCGAUAACGUUACGAAAGGAGACAUUCGUUGGAAUGAAUAACUUGGAGAAAUUUAUUGUUAAGAAUGCUAAAGUGAACGUGCUGCCAUCGGUUUUUUCUGAUCUACCGAAUAUUGAAUUAGUGGCUUUCGACAAUAAUAAUAAUUUGAAACUCAGUGAAUCAGCAUUCCAUGGUGCCUACAAACUGAAACUGUUGUACAUGUCAUCGUUAUAUUUGAAAUCGGCAUCGAUAUCAUCGUUGCCGGAUGGAUUCUUUCGUGAUUUGAACAAUUUGGAAUGGUUGGAAAUCAACAAAUGCGAUUUGGCAGAUUUAAAUGCCAUCGAUUUUACGGGAUUGGAAUCAGUGAAGUGGUUAGGUUUGAGUGAGAAUGAUAUUUCAAUUGUGACUGGAAAUGCGUUCCACAUUAUGACGAAUCUAAAAUACUUAACUCUUAAACGUAAUAAAAUCAGUGACGUCGGUUCGAUGUUAUUCUCGAAAUUACAAAAUUUGGUUCAUUUGAACUUGGAAUAUAACCGGAUCGAGCAGCUAAAAACGACCACGUUCAGUGGAUUGACCAAUUUGAGAUCAAUAAAUUUGCGUAACAAUCGCAUUCAACGCAUCGAAGAUGGAACAUUUUCGAAUUUGAACUAUUUGAAGAAAUUAGAUUUGUCGUACAACAAUCUUACCGCUCUCACCGAACACAGUUUCAAUGGACUCACAAAUUUACGGUAUUUGGCGGUGCACCACAAUUUAAUAUCGUCUAUAAAUGUCAAUGCAUUUACUGCGUUAACCAAAUUGAUCCAAUUGGACCUCAGCAAUCAACAGGGACAGUUAGCGGUUGAUUUGAAUGCAUUUCCACAAUUCGUUGAUUUGACUACGAAAACUGUGAUUUAUACGCCAAUACCACAACCGGACGAUUUUGAAAAGCGCGAACUACAGUGGCUAGAAAACUUGCCGAUUGGGGACGACACGAACAAGAUUUAUUCGGAUUUUUUCGGAAAUUUCACUUUAAAGCGACAUCAAGACGAACUCGAUGUGAACGAUUUAUCACAAGCAAUAAGGUAUCAAUGGAUAAUUUUGGGCAACUUGAAUUUGGCUAAUAUUGAAAUAACUUCAGUGAACGUGGAGAAGAGGCUAUGAACGACGCCAUAUUUCGAUUUUCCUUUCUUUGUUAUUUAAAAUGAAAUAAAUUCUAAAUUUUAUCUGCAAUAAAAUCAACCCAGGAGUCGAACUU